CGGCGUCUGCGACUAGUCAUAGUAUUGACCAUGCGUCGAACGAGUCACAGUAGUACAAGACCAUUACGUGGAGUGACGGAUCAUAAUAAGUCGGAAUUUUUCAUGUGCCGUUUUGACACGGACCAAAAGUACUAGCACUCACCAAGCGCUCUUGGCGUCUUGAGUCCCGUAAAUCGAGUAGACAAGCGGUGCCGGCUCCAAGUCUCUAACUGUCCCGCAAGCCAUUCAUGUGCCUCGACAGUCAGCUCCAAGAACUCCAGCUUAUCCAACACUCCCUCCUUCCAGGUGAAUCAUUCUCCUUCGCCCUCCCUCCUGAAGAUUCUAGAAUAUGGUCCUCGCUACUCCACUCCUUCAACACUAGUACUGCUACAACUCUCUCAUCUCUGCCCAACCCAGUUCCACAAGUCAAGUUCCAAGUGAAGACUACGGACGCACGGAUCUUCUUCGAGGUACAAUUUCCAGAGCGAUAUCCGGAGGAUUCGGAUGUCGACACCGCACAGGUUCCCUUCAUCUCGGUCAACGGGGAGGGCAUAUCCAGAGAUGAGCAUUACCGCUGGCGGGCCUUUGUUCAGGAGAAAUCAGCCGAGGUGCAAGGAGAUGAUUUUCCGAUCUACCAAUUGCUAUGCAUGCACUUGCUGCCGAAACUACAUGAAGACGGAUAUAGUGUUGAUACAGCAGGAACUAUGGAUAUCAUAGAACAACAGUGCACCAACCGUCUCCCAGAGACAGCAGACUACCACGCACUCCUGACGUCUCAUCACCUCGUGUCCCCAACAAAACGGCGGUCAUUACAGCGAUGGUCCUCUGAACUUUCGAUAUCUGGCUUCGCCAAAGUUGGCUACCCGGGCGUCAUUUAUGCACAGGGCACACAGGAAAAUAUACAAGAAUUCGUUGCCAACGUCAAAUCUAUGCAGUGGCUGGCGCUAAGGGUGCGGUUUGUGGAACCCAUAGAUCUGGCCAACGAUGAGCAUCAUCAGGGUUGGACUGAGUUCCAGAAGGUCGGAGAAGUUGUGGAAGAGAUGAAAAGACGCGGCAGGGACAAAUAUAUCACAGAGAUGGGCAUCGGAAGUUCGGCUUUACAAUGAAUCACCAUGCUCUGCACGGGUGGAAGGCAUCUCCGUCACGGUAAUUCAGCAGGCGCUAUUACUAAGGGUAUACAUAAGGCAUGAAGGCGAAGUAACAUGCUCCGGUGGUCAGGUACAUUUGCUGUCACAAUGGUACAGCAUACGGCGGAGGCUCAUGUAGUCGAGAGCUGAGCAGAUCUGCAAAAGAUACUCCGCCAUCUCCUUGUUGGUGUUCAUGUGCCCAUCAGU